AUGAAUAAGGUGAGUCUUCUCGCUGUUAUUGAACCAAAAAUGUCCCAUACCAAACUAAGGAAUUUUGGUCUUGCUGUUGGGUUAAAUUCUUUUAUGGCAAACACAAAGGCAGAGAAAAAUAUGUGGCUUUUAUGGAAUGAUAACUUGGAAGUUAAGAGCAUGCUGCACUUUGAACAAGCUAUGACCGUGUCAGUCUCCUACCAGGGAGCUGAUCCAGUGUUAGUUACGGUGGUGUAUGGUUGUUGUGACUUACUUGUUAAGGAGGCCCUUGUGGGGACACUUACAGGUUAUUUCUACAUCCUUUGCUAUGCCCUGGUUGGUGAUGGGGGAUUUUAA